UUUGGAGUAUAAUCCUCUUUUAUUGUUCAUUUUAAUUCGCUUUCCCAUUUGUUAUUGUUCAUAUUACGAAAAUUGUGUAAAAAUUAAAUGCUUAUUUAAAGCAAAUACUUAAAUAUUUAAUAUAAAAUAAAUAUGUAGAAACAUUGUAGUGAAGUGUUACUGUCGUAUAAUUGUUGCAGAACCUAAACUACAUUUGGCAAUGCCAACGUCAAAAGUGUCAACAGCUGUCGAAUUAUGCCCUUAUCAUUUAUUUUGGCAAUUGAAUUCAAAACAGAAAUUUCUAGUAGACAUUAAAGUUAUUCGUUAAUCUCUCUAUAGAAAGUGGAGAAAUGGGCGAUAUCAAAGUUGAAUUUGCAGUACAAAUGCGAGGUGAGGAUUGUGCUGAAAGAGUGCGCAAUGCCCUUCAGGGUACUAGCAAUGUUCACAUUGAUUCGACUGAAGGACGAGUUACAAUAGAAACAAAGGAACCUUGGUAUGUUAUUAAGGAUAAAAUCGAGAGCACUGGACGAAAAGCAGUACUGGUUGGUUUUGGUGGACAGUCCGCGGUUGCGAUUAUAAAUACUACUGGCAGUGACGUUGACCGUACACCGAUACAAGGAAUUUUGCGUUUUUGUGCGUUAACAAAAGAUAAUCCAGGUGUGGUGGUAGACGGUGUUGUAGAUGGUUUGACGCCUGGAUUACAUGGUUUGCAUGUGCAUGAGUCAGGGGACGUAUCAAGUGGUUGCGCUUCCAUCGGAGAACAUUACAAUCCACGCGGCUCACCACACGGCAGUCCGGACAAUGCACCUGAUGCACGGCAUGCGGGUGAUUUGGGCAAUAUACGUGCUGAUGAAAGUGGUCGUGCUACCUUUCGUUUUGUCGAUCCUGUAUUAGAUGUGUGGCAUAUCAUUGGGCGCUCAGUGGCGAUAACAGCGAAUGCUGAUGAUAUGGGGAGAGGUGGCAAUGAACGGAGCCGCAUCGAUGGAAACGCUGGUGAACGCAUUGCCUGCGGUAUAAUUGCACGUUCAGCAGGAAUUAUGGAGAAUUUCAAAAAAAUUUGUGCUUGUGAUGGCGUGACACUAUGGGACGAAAGAAAUAAACCUAUAGCUGGUGGAGAUCGCGCACAAUAACUAUAAGGAUUUGGGUAGAGUUAAGCAUAUAGUUAUGUCCAGAUAAUAAGAGAUACGCUUAGGGUGUAAUACAGGUGUUGUAAAUUUGUUUGUUGAAAUAAUACGCACUUGCAUUUAAAAAAAUAAGUUUAUUCAAUUACAAUCCUCUAUGACUAUGCUUUCGUCGUGUUCAUUGCUUUGUCUAGCUUUUGACUUUAUUUUGGUCAAAUGCAUUUUGCAUUUACUUUUGUAACUUUGUACUAUUUUACCACAAUGAACAGGUGGGGAUAUUGAGAAAGUAGCAUGAAUCUAAAAAAUUGUUUAACAUUUAAUACCACAAAAUCAAAACUAAUUUAAUUAUAACAUAAAGUACCUCUAGAUAAUCCUCUAAUGAUUCAUAAGGUAUGCAUUGUUCCAAAAUAUCAAUUAUAGCUUUGAAUUCCUCUACUUUUAAAACAAAUUUCAUAUCAGAUAUAUUUCGUUUAUACCAAUCAGCAUAUGCCGUAAUAUUCUUAUCAAUAUCCAUCGUUAUUGCGGUUGCGGCUCGAACCGACAGAAGCAAAUGAAGCAUACUCUCGCGUUUGGGAAGUGCCGCUAUUUGACUUAGUCGUGUUUUUAAGUAUUCUGUGAAAUAAAUACAAAAAUUUAACAA